AUGCCGACGAUCCGUGGGAACAUCAAAACCCACAAAAAAGGAAAUCCCAUGAGACCCAUCACCAACAGGAGUGCCCCAAACCGGUUAGCCAAAAAGCUCGCAGCACUUCUCUCGAGCGCCUUAAACUCCAUCAUCGGCUGUCUUCUAUCAAACACCACCGAUACGAUGGCAAAACUGCAAAACGUCGGGAUGAGAUGCAAAAAGCUUGUCAGCUUCGACGUCAAGCCACUCUUUACGAACGUACCGAUUGACGCUGCAAAAAGGACGCUGACAGAAAUAGAUGAGGAUGAACUACCACUGCCGAGGGAUAAUUUCAUUCAUCCGCCUCUGCGUGGAACUUGGCCCCUCGAAUUCCGAGGACGGAAGUACGAGCAAAUCCAAGGACUUGCGAUGGGCUCACCUCUUUCAGUAGUCCUUGCCCAGCUGUUCAUGCAAACCCUCGAGGCUGACCACUACCGGAACAUCAUGGGGCUUCGUUAUGUAGAUGACAUCCUCACCAUACUUCCAACCAGGACUAACCUUCAAGACCUACUCCAUAGACUAAACGCUGUGUACCCAUCGAUACAAUUCAUCGCAGAAGAUGAGAGAAAUGAGCAGCUACCUUUCCUUGACAUCGUAAUCCAUAAGAGACCUGACGGACCGGUAUUCUCUGUGAAAACUCACUAA